ACGGGCCACACCCACACAAUGAGUGCUCAUUCACACAACUUUACCGAAAAUAAGGCACUGUCGCGCAGAUCUAGACUAGCACAAGAACUGCACUAAAGCAAGUCGUCGGUGAGUAAAAACACAAUAUCAUUUUCAGAGCUCUACAAACUACAAAUAUGUCAUCUUCAACCUUUCCUCUUCUUACAAUUGCCCGACUAUCUGCCAUUUUUGUAGCUUCACUCGUCUUAAUCUGGGCUCGUGUCUUCAAAACCAGCUUCAUUCCUCGCUCUCCCUCCUCGAAUGACACCUUAAUUUUCGCUGUGCUUCAUCCUCUAUUAAUGGUGAUUGGGUUCAUCAUUCUGAGUGGAGAAGCGAUUUUGGUUCAUAGAUGGCUACCAGGGUCAAGAAAUGUGAAGAAAACAGUGCAUUUAGGAAUGCAAGGAGUUGCGUUGGGUUGUGGGAUACUCGGCAUUUGGACCAAAUUCCAUGGAGAAGAUGGUGUUGUCGCUAAUUUUUACAGCUUACAUUCUUGGAUGGGUUUAGUUUCUAUCUCCCUCUUUGGCAUUGAGUGGGUGAUGGGUUUUAUGAGCUUUUGGCACAGAGGAGAAAUGAGGAGAGUAAGCAGAAGAAUGCUGCCAUGGCAUGUGUUCAUCGGCCUCUAUACAUACGGUUUGUCUGUUGCAACUGCAGAAACUGGGCUUUUAGAGAAGCUUACCUUCAUGCAAACUUAUAGAAAUGUUCCAAGACGUGGUUCAGAAUCCAUUCUUGUCAAUGGCCUUGGGCUUGGGCUUGCCUUCUUAGCUGGUAUCGUCAUUUUCGCCGCUCUUUCUCCAAAACACCAUCAACUCUCUAUCCGUCCGCUAAAGCCUAUCUAUUCUAACGACAAAUAUUAAUUUAAGAUUGUUAGUGAUACUGAUUAACAUGUUGUGAGAAAGAAUAUUAUUAUCAGUAGAAAUCUCUAUGGGGGCAUAAAAUGGUUGAUUUGAGCAAAUUCAAAGCGAUGUAAUAGAUUAAACAGUUAGACUAAUAAAUAUAGUAUAGAUAAUUGUAAAUUAAUGUUUUUUCUUUGAAAUGUUUCCCUUCAUAUUUUAUGUAUCAAUCAAUUAGUGUUUUUAUUUUGGUUGAAAUAAAGGUUGUUUUUUUAUU